UUUACAGCCUAGAGCAAAUUAAUUCUUAGUAUCCUUUUCUGAUGAGCAGGUGGUUUACAUGGCAAUUGUUGGAUCAUUUCCAUUCAACUCUUUCCUUUCAGGAGUCCUUUCUUGUGUUGGGACUGCAGUGCUAGCUGUUUGUCUCCGCAUUCAAGUUAACAAAGAGAACAAAGACUUCAAGGAUUUACCACCUGAACGUGCAUUUGCUGAUUUUGUCCUCUGCAAUUUGGUGCUGCAUUUGGUUAUUAUGAAUUUCCUUGGUUAAGCUAGGGUUUUUGCAUGUUUUCUCUGAUAUUAACAGUUAGAAUGGGAUGGAAUGGACUCGAUUUUCAUCAUAGGUUGCUCUAGUAGUUAGCUUUUUUUCUUCGUUUUUUUCCAGGGUUGGGGGUGGGGUGGGUGCGUGGGUGGGUUAAUGGUUGUUGGGCGUGGAUUUAUAGUUUUUUUUUUUCUUAUAAGAAAGAAAUAAAUACAUCAAAGUAAGGAGUUAAAGACAUUGUCAU